AUGGCACCAAAUUUUCCAUCAUCUGCAGUUUCUGAUGGCUGGAUAGGCUUGGAUAUUGGUCCCGACAGUAUCAAUGGGGUGGAGGUGGAAUGGGAGGUUCGUGAAUUAGGGCACAUCGGCCGAUCUGGAUACUCAGUUUUUGAACAAGUAGGCAAAGCUGCUCAUGAUAUUUCCCAAACGCAGGAAAGUGUUGUUACGAGCAGGCUCUUCAACUUAACCGACAAAGGUUACAAGGACAAUAAGCAGCACGAGAAAAAUCUUGCACAAAUCGGUGACCUUGAUCUUCAGCCUGAGGAUGCUAUUGUGGACCGUGGAGACCAAGCGAAGAGUAAACGACUUAUAAGGAAGAGGAACGUGUCUCCUUUGAAUGUUACCAAGAAACUUCUAGGAGCGCUUGUGGUACCGAAUCGGGAUACUCUGUUAUCCUAUCUAAUCGGGAAACACAACGCAACAGAUGGUUGGAGAAGCUACUUCAAUCAAUUCAACCUGUUGCAGUUCUUGUGGGUGAUGCAUCAUCUGACUGGACAGAUACAGCCACUCAUGGCGGUGGUUACUAUUGAGACAGGUUGUGGUGAUUUGGUAAGGGUACCAAGACUCAAAGGUGAAAGAGUUGGAGUCUUUGCUACAAGAUCUCCUCAUCGUCUGUGCUCCAUUGGGUUGACUGUAGCUAAGGUCGAGGCAGUACAUGGGCAUACGGUCUUACUCUCUAGCGUGGAUCUGGUUGAUGGAACUCCUGUUCUGGACAUCAAACCUUAUUUGCCGUAUUGUGACAACAUUCAAGGAGCAAUGGUUGUUAUGGGUUAA